UGUCAGCUAAUCUCAUACUAAUAAUUCAGUUCCGACUUCUCAUAGUAAAAGAGUUUAUGGCAGAAGUGAUUCUCGAUAAAAUUCUGUCAGCAGAUGAAUCCUGAAUCAGCAUUCCUGACAAAAGAGCUGCUGCGCAGGUCGAGCUGUUGACAGGCUGCAAAGAAAUCAACAGGCUUCAAUACCACUACUACAAUGACUGCUACACUACGCAGAUCGAAGCCUGCAAAGAAAUCUCCUGCAACUAAGAAUGCACCUCCUCCGCUGCAUCAUUCGAUUCAAAUCACCCAACCAACUCAUCCGCCAAGGGCACACGCUAAGAACCAGCGAGCUGCUUUGAAUAGGCCUUCUUCGUUCUACCUCUCGGAUGAGCGAAAAGAAGACUACAUGAAGAUUUGUGUUCCUCUGCAAAUUGCUGCACUUAGAGGGGACUGGCAUGCUGCUGAAAGAAUUUUAAGAAAAUAUCCAGAGGUGGUGAAUAUGAGCAUUACACAUAGGGAAGAUACCAUCCUGCACAUUGUAUCAUCAACAAAGCACACGCACUUCGCGAAAAAACUGGUGAACAAGAUGCAAGUUGAGGACUUGAAGCUUCUGAACAAAGAAGGGUUAACAGCACUUCUGAUAGCAGUAUCUUCAACCGAUAAAAUGGUUGAUGUUUUGCUAAAAAGGAAUAAAGAGCUUCUAAAGAUACGUAGAGGUGGUAGCUUGCCACUCAUGCGCGCUGUUUGGUCUGGAAACAAGGACGUUGUGGAAUAUGUGUACUCGAAGACUGAUAUUGCAGGUGAAAACUGGGGGUUGAGGGAUAAAGAAAGAAUGCUGGAUUAUUGCAUUGCGGUCGGACUGUUUGAUAUUGCUUUCAAUAUUAUAAACAUAUGCAAGAAAGAUGGGACACUGAUGGUAAUAGGUGCAGAGGUACUGAGGUAUUUGGCUUGUAAACCUGCUGCACUGGAUCAAAAUAUACCACCCUUUAUCAGAAAACUUGUCAAUACAAGAACCUUUGAUAACUCUACAGGAGUUGAGAUAGUCAGGUAUAUAUGGGGGGAGAUUGUCAAACAGAAGCACGACGACAUACUGAAAAUUAUAACUGCUGGUGGUUCAAAGAAGAAAAAAGCUGAAGGUUUUUUGUUUAUAGCUGCUAGAUUGGGCAACUAUAAAUUCAUAAUUGAGCUCCUUAGAUUGUUUCCUGAAAUUGCAUGGCACACAGCCGGUGACAACAACUACACAAUAUUUCAUGUUGCUGUUAUAAAUCGUCAAGAGAACGUGUACAAGUUAUUGUAUGAGCUUGGUGCAAAGAAGAUGCGGACACUAGACAAAGAUGGAAAUAAUAUCCUGCAUUUAGCUGCAAUCAAGCCCCCGCAGAGUCGACUAAACAAUGUGUCAGGAGCUGCUCUUCAGAUGCAAAGAGAACUACUGUGGUUUAAGGAAGUAAGUACCAGGGUGCACGUGAUUGAUCGUCGACAGUUGAACAAGGAAGGGAAAACACCCCAGGUAUUGUUCACUGAGCAGCACGCGGAUAUGGUAGAGAAAGGAGAGAUUUGGAUGAAGCAUACAGCAGCUCAGUGCAUGGUUGUCGCGACGCUAAUAGCCACAAUCAUGUUUGCAGCAGCCUUUACUUUACCUGGUGGUAACAACGGCGACAAUGGGCAUCCAAUAUUCAGAAAAAAGACUAUAUUUAUCAUAUUUGUGGUAGCAGAUGCCACAUCUUUAUGUGCCUCUUCAGCUUCUAUACUUAUGUUCUUAGCCAUUCUCACUGCACGUUAUACAGAAAACGAUUUCUUGGUGUCUUUACCUUGGAAAUUGAUGGCUGGAUUCUCAACACUUUUUAUCUCAAUUGCUACUAUGAUGGUUGCUUUCAGCGCGAGCUUCUUCAUCCUUUAUGCAGAAAGUUUGAAAUGGAUUCCUAUAUUAGUAGCUACCUUCGCUGCUGCGCCUGUUAUAUCAUUUGCGAUGCUGCAGUAUCGUCUACUUCUUGACGUGAUUAAAUCAGCACUCAUGUCUAGGCAUCUGUUCAGGUCCAACAAACGUAUGAUCUAAAGGCAAAUCGUAUGAAUGAUUUGUUAUCAGUGUAUGAUCUAAAGAAACUUGUGAUUUACAAGCAAAUGUGUGAUCUAGAAGCAAAGGCAAGAGUUAUGAUUUCCUGUAUCAGUUUA